AUGAGCGCUCAGGUGGCUGCUCCGAUUUUCAUUCAUCAAUCGCUUUCUCCGAUGGGGAGAAAACGCAAUCUCUGUUACCAGAUGUCGAAUCGUCUGGCUCCAUCUCAGCCGCAGCCGCAGCGUAGGGACGAGUGGAACUCUAACAUGUGGGAUUGGGAUAGCCGGAGAUUCGAAGCUAAACCGGUGGACGCGGAGGUUCGCCUCCGGCUUGGGAACGACACACAGUUUGAUUUGACUUCGCGGAAUAAAGGUGGAGCGAAAGAAGGAGAAGAAGAAAAGGGUCUUGAUUUGAAUCUGGGGAGUUGUCUGGAAGACACGGCGCAGGCGGCUAGACCAAGCAAGAAGGUUCGGUCUGGAUCUCCGGGAGGCGGAGGGAACUAUCCGAUGUGUCAGGUGGAUAACUGUACUCAAGAUUUGUCUCAUGCUAAGGACUACCAUAGAAGGCACAAAGUGUGUGAAGUUCAUAGCAAAGCUACUAAAGCUCUCGUUGGGAAACAGAUGCAGAGGUUCUGCCAACAGUGCAGCAGGUUUCAUCUUCUUUCUGAGUUUGAUGAAGGAAAAAGAAGCUGUAGGCGUAGAUUGGCUGGCCACAACAGACGGAGGAGGAAAACAACUCAGCCAGAGGAGAUUGCGUCUGGGGUUGUAAUUCCGGGGAACCGCGAUGAUACCUCUAACACCAAUAUGGAUCUUAUCGCUUUGUUAACGGCAUUAGCUUGUGCACAAGGUAAGAAUGAGGUAAAGCCAAUGGGGUCUCCAGCUGCGCCUGACAGAGAGCAGCUUCUUCAGAUACUUAACAAGAUAAAUGCGUUGCCUUUGCCUAUGGAUCUCGUCUCUAAGCUGAACAAUAUUGGAAGUCUAGCCAGGAAAAAUAUGGAUCACCCAAUGGUGAACCCUCAAAAUGAUACGAAUGGGGCUUCUCCUUCUACCAUGGAUUUGCUUGCUGUGCUUUCGGCGACGUUAGGCGCAUCUUCGCCUGAUGCGCUAGCCAUAUUGUCUCAAGGUGGGUUUGGUAACAAAGACGGUGACAAGGCUAAGUUAUCUUCUUAUGACCACGUUGCUACAACCAAUUUGGAAAAGAGAGCUGUUGGGGGAGAGAGGAGCAGUAGCAGUAACCAAUCUCCUUCUCAGGAUUCAGAUUCACAUGCUCAAGACAGGUCUAGCUUGUCUCUACAACUAUUCACCUCCUCACCUGAGGAUGAGAGUCGACCAACCGUGGCAUCCUCGAGAAAGUAUUAUUCUUCUGCCAGCAGUAACCCUGUCGAGGAUAGAUCGCCAUCUUCGUCUCCGGUCAUGCAGGAGUUAUUCCCAUUGCAGACGUCCCCUGAAACCAUGAGGUCUAAGAAUCACAAAAACACAAGCCCAAGCCACAGGAGUGGGGGUUGCUUGCCUCUUGAGCUCUUUGGUGCAUCAAAUAGAGGAUCUGCAAAUCCUAACUUUAAAGGAUUCGGACAACAGUCUGGUUAUGCUUCUUCUGGUUCUGACUACUCUCCUCCUAGCUUAAACUCUGAUGCUCAGGACCGCACAGGAAAGAUAGCCUUCAAACUACUUGAUAAAGAUCCAAGUCAUCUCCCUGGAACAUUACGAACCGAGAUCUAUAACUGGCUUUCGAGCAUUCCAUCAGAAAUGGAGAGUUAUAUCAGGCCUGGCUGUGUUGUUCUAUCUGUCUAUGUGGCCAUGUCACCUGCGACCUGGGAACAACUCGAGCGAAACUUGCUGCAACGGGUUGGUGUUUUGUUACAAGAUUCUCAUUCAGACUUCUGGAGAAAUGCGAGGUUUUUAGUCAACACAGGCAGACAGCUCGCAUCACACAAAAAUGGUAGAAUUCGUUGUAGCAAAUCUUGGAGGACGUGGAACUCACCAGAGCUCAUCUCAGUCUCACCUGUAGCUGUGGUAGCUGGUGAAGAAACACGUUUGGUAGUAAGAGGUAGAAGCUUGACUGAUAAUGGGAUCAGUUUUCGUUGCACACAUAAAGGUAGCUACAUGUCAAUGGAGGUAGCCGGAGCAGCGUGUAGACGAGCCAUCUUUGACGAGUUGAAUGUAAAUAGUUUCAAAGUCCCAAAUGCACAUCCUGGUUUUCUUGGACGCUGUUUCAUUGAGGUGGAGAAUGGAUUCAAGGGUGACAGUUUCCCAUUGAUAAUUGCGAAUGCAUCCAUCUGCAAAGAGUUAAAUCGCCUCGAAGAUGAGUUUCACCCCAAAAGUAAAGAUAUGACAGAAGAACAAUCGCAGACCUCAGAAUCAGAUAGCCGUCCCACAUCAAGAGAAGAAGUUCUGUGCUUCUUGAACGAGCUUGGUUGGCUAUUCCAGAAGAACCAGACCUCUGAGCCUCGAGAACAAUCAGACUUUGCCCUUUCCCGCUUCAAGUUCUUGCUCGUCUGUUCAGUAGAAAGAGACUACUGUGCUCUCAUCAAAACACUUCUCGACAUGCUGGCAGAAAGAAUUAUGGGGAACGAUGAGCUGAAGAGAGAAGCAUUGGAUAUGCUCGCCGAGAUUCAAUUGUUGAACCGUGCUGUGAAGAGGAAAAGCUCAAAAAUGGUGGAACUUCUCAUUCAUUACUCUGUUAAUCUCACGACGCUUGGUUCCUCUAGACAGUUCUUCGUCUUCUUACCCAAUAUAACCGGACCUGGCGGUAUCACACCUUUGCAUCUGGCUGCUUGCACAUCUGGUUCAGAUGAUAUGGUUGAUCUUCUCACCAAUGAUCCACAAGAGAUCGGAUUAUCGAGCUGGAACACUCUCUGCGAUGCAACUGGACAAACUCCAUUCAGCUACGCUGCAAUGAGGAGUAACCAUACGUAUAACUCUUUGGUGGCUCGUAAACUCGCAGACAAAAGAAACAAGCAAGUCUCUGUAAACAUCGAGGACGACGAGAUUGUUGACCAAAUGGGUCUGAGUAGGAGACAGAGUUUAGAAGUGAAGAAGUCGUCUUGCGCCACGUGUGCGACGGUGGAUCUGAAGUAUCAGAGGAAAGCCUCAGGUUCGCACCGUUUGUUCCCAACUCCUAUCAUUCACUCGAUGCUCGCGGUUGCGACCGUCUGCGUUUGCGUCUGCGUUUUCAUGCACGCUUUUCCAAUCGUCCGACAAGGAUCUCACUUCAGUUGGGGAGAUAAGAAAAGGAAGAGAGACUUUGAUACGACGGAUAAAGGAAAAGCUCAGAGACUUGACUGUGACAACACGACCAAGUGUGCUCCGUCGGGAAACUAG